AACUUGGAAUGGUGUGUGUGCGGUUGUUAAAAAAAAAAAAAAAUAGCGAAAUUCGGUAAAUGGUGAGCGGCGCGAGAAGUGCCCAGUUUGAUAAUCAAUUCUAUUAAAACGAACAUCUUAUUUUGAUUUUUUUUAAUAUUUUGCUAUUGGAAUUUCUGCGAAAAAAAGGGGAUUUAUAUUUUGAACAAGAAUCAUGGACGAUAGCCAAAUGUGUGAUAAUGAUGAUAAUAAAGAACUAAUUGUAGACGAAUCAUUAUUAAUCAAUAUUGGUGAUGAUGAUGAUGAUGAUGAUAAUGAUAAUGAUGUACCAUCAACAACAGUUGUUCAAACACAAUCAUCGAUUGAACCAUUGUCAAUUGUUGAAACCGAAUCAUCAUCAUUAUUAACGAAUGUCAUGAAUAUUAUUGAAAACAAUGAUCAAUCUAACGAAAUCAAACAAAUCGAAACAGUUCCAGUAUUAACUGAAUUACAGCCAAAUGAAGAACUUAAAACCGAACAAUCGCCCAUCUCAACGGAUAAUGUUGCUGUAAGUUGGGAAAAAACACACCAAAUUGAACAACAAGAUCCAUGUACAACAAACCAAAUAGAUACUAACAGAGAACAGAACAAUCAAAUAUCCGGAUCAAUAGAUAAUAUGGUUCAUGAACCAGAAAUUAGCAUCAAUCUUGAGAUGGAUGCUUCCAAUAAUAAACAGUUUGAUGAAUAUGAGAAUAAACCAUCGAAUAUCUUUAUUCCAACCAUUCAGUUGGAUUCCAGCGAUGAUAAUGUGGCCGAUACGAGUGAUGUACAAAUAAUUUCUGAGCCAGAUCAGCAACAAUCCGAACAACAAUCAACGCUAGCUCUAUCUACAUCAUUCAUAUCGGUAUCGAGUACUGGUUCAUCAUCACCGAUUAUAUCGCCUACAUUGCCAAAUACUAAUCAGAAUAAUGGUCAACAAUCAAUUCUGAUGUUACCACCUCAACGAGCAUUUUUAAACAUAAAAAAAGAUAUGCAAAAUUUCCCGGUUGUCGAUCUUGAUCAACGCUCGUCAUAUUCAGACACAAACAAUGGAUGUGGUCUAGCAACGACCAGACAUGAAAAAUCAUUAGGUCUAUUGACCACUCGUUUUGUUACGCUGUUGCAAGAAUCAAAGAAUGGUGUACUUGAUUUAAAAUCGGCUGCUGAUCUACUUGAAGUACGACAAAAACGUCGAAUCUACGAUAUCACGAAUGUUUUGGAAGGUAUCGGUUUGAUCGAAAAGAAAUCAAAGAAUUCGAUUCAAUGGCUUGGUGGUGGACCUGGUUGCAAUGCACGAGAAGUAACAGAACGUCUUUUGUCACUUAAAGAUGAACUCAUCGAAUUGGACAUCAAAGAAAUGGAACUUGAUGAACAUCUAAGUUGGUCGAAACAAUCAUUGAUAAACAUUGUGGAUGAGCAACAAUAUUCGAAUCACAAACGUUAUAUGUACUGUACACAUGAUGAAUUGUGUCGAAUGUUUGGAAAAGAUUGUAAUUUGAUGGUCAUACAGGCACCAUCCGGUGCCAAGAUGCGUAUCGAAACAAUGGAUCGAUCUGACCAACGAAACGAUGAUCAGGUCAACGAUGAUAAUAGUUCCCAGGCUGAACAUAUAUCCAGUCUUAAUCAACUUGGAUUGGAGAACAUUCAUGAUUAUAGUGAGUAUCAAAAAUCUUUGCGUCAGAUUCAGAUGCUUCGUAAACGUGGUUCAUGCAAUCAAAUUCAUUUAAAAUCCGAGAAUGGACCAGCUCAUGUCAUGAUUGUCAAUCAGAAAUUCGAUGAUGAUUUUGAUGAUGUUGAUGAUGACGAUAAUAAGGAUGAAUUUGAUCAACAUCAUGAACAUGGAAAUUCUAUUCCAGCAUAUAAACGAAAAAAAUACGCGCAUCUCAAACGGCUUAUUGAAUCACAAAGAAUUGAAGCUCAACGUAAUCAACCGAUUGUGCAUGAAAAAGAUCGGUUGGUUUUGGAACAAAAAAUACUUGAAGAGACUGGUAUGACAAUGGAUGAGGUAAAUAAGCCUGAAGAUGUGUCAUCAAAUAACAAGAUCAUAAGCAAUAGCAAAACGAAAGCAACACGAAAAGGUUCAAAUCGAACGUCUAAACAACAGGAAGCUGCAAAGAACCGAAGAAAAAAAGAAAAAGAAUCGGCACCAGUACUACCAUCUCGACAUCUAUCGCCUCGUCGAGCAGCUCAACAUCAUCUUUUCUGUCCAACUGCUCGAACCACAUCAUCCAGCAAAUUCACACAGGAAUCAUCGAUAACAACUCGAGCUGGCCGAAAAGAUCGCAAAAAUAGUAGCAGUAAUUCGAUGACUGAUAUUAAUCAACAAUCCGAUGAUUCACAGUCCAAAGACUCGAAAGAUCUCAAUAAUAUGAAUGAUGAAAUCAAAACCAAGGAAACAGCAGAAAAUAUCGAUGAACAAAUGGAAUUCGAAAUGGAACAAGAUGAAAACAAUGCUCAACAUUCACAAUCUCAAAGCAUUUUAACGCCGUCAAGUGGAUCGGUUUAUGCAACGAAAAGUUCGCCAAAAGCCAUUAAAUCCUCAUCAUCAUCAUCAUCAUCAUCAUCCAAUAUUACUGCGUCGACAUCAUACUCGUUGGUUACUGAAAUAAAAGAUGAAGUCCUAUCACUCCCAAAAACGUCUGAAUGUCGAAAUAGAGAUGAAGAUUCAACCGAAUCUGAAACAACCUCAAUAGUUGAUCAACCAGAAGAGAUAACAAUAAUGGCCACUACUAGACAACCGUUUUCUCAAGUACAAAUCAAAGUUGAUAUCGAUGAUUUAGUCAUACCGGAUUGUCAUUUACCAUUUCUUCGUUUAUCUCCACCAGCAUCGAAUCAUGAUUAUCAUUUCGAUUUGGCCAGCAAUGAAGGCAUUCUGGAUCUGUUUCUUUGCGAUUAAAUCGUGAUUCGCUUUCGUUUGCUUCCUAUUAUCAUAUGAAUUUGAUAUUUUACUUUAAUGAAUUUAUUAUUUAUCCGAUUAAUUAUAUGAUA